AAAAUGUACUUCAUUGGAAAUUGGAAAGGAAAAAUUAAAAAAGGAAGUCUCUUUCUAAGCUCAGUGGAAUUGCUUAAAGAAGUGAAACUGGUUCACACAAAAGUCUUUAGAGUGAGGGACGUGUCCCAUUCAACAAAAGCCAAGACUCUACAGGAAAUGUGAACUACUGGGGUUGUAACGAAAACUCUCUGUGACUUCCUGCAGAUUGUGCUCUAAGUGACUUCAAUGAGUGAGUGAAAAGACAAGCUAGAAGUGAAAUCGAUUUGAAUUUCAAUUAACAUUUGUAAGUGAAACAACUCUUCUCAGUUAUACACUUGUCAUUGCGUUACUGAAUAGCAGGAUUUAAACAUGCAAUUGGUCAGAUUUGAGGAAGUUAACAAUCCCAGGAGGGGCUUAUAACUGUUUAGUUGCGAUCGUAUAAUGAAGACAAGCCGACUGAAAUUGAUAAUAAAAUGGCUGAUGAGCGUCAAAUGAGUCUGCUGGGACUGAUAAUCCUCUCUUCAUUUCUCACAGGGACCUGUGAAAUGGAUAACAGCGUGUUUCAUAGUUCUGGUGAAAAUGUCCGUCUGCCCUGUAAUAAUGCUCUUUCUGACUGUACAUCAACUACUUGGACCUACAGCAGACAAUCAAAGACAGUUGAACUGAUUGCUGGAGGAAUAAAGAAGAAAGACAUAGAGAGACACGAGAGACUGAGUCUGGGCUCUGACUGCUCUCUAAACAUCAAAAAAGUCACAAAAGAAGAUCAUGGAUUUUACAACUGCCAACAAUAUGUGAAUAGCCCACCAAGUGAUGCACCUGUUUAUCUGCAUGUUCUCUAUGUCUCUUCAUCAUCGUCUCAGUCUGAGAUCAGUCCAGGCAGCUCUGUGACUCUCUUCUGUCAGUUGUUUUAUGAUAAAGUCUCUUGUGAUGCUUUGGUCCGUACUGAAGGAGUUCAGCUGAUCUGGGUGAAUGAGGCCGGUGUGAAUCUUCAGACAGACCCCAGAUAUAAGAUAUCAUUCUCCCCAGAACACUGCUACAGCUCUCUGACUACAAAACUCCUGAGUGAAGAUCUCAACAGAGAGUGGAGAUGUCAGGUUACUCAGAGAAAUCAAGUGAGGACCACAGCUCCAUACACUCUCAAACAUGCAGAUCCCUCAACAGACCCAUCAGAGUCUCAAGAACAUGCGACCGUGAUUGUGAGCUCAGCCGUGGCUGCUGUGUUGGCUUUUGCUCUUGUUGCUGUUUUCUGCGUGAUCCGUAAAAAAAGAGCUGGUAAUAAAAAAGGCACUGGCAGCUCUGUGGUGAAUUCGGUCAAAGAUAGUAAUGAACAUAAAGGGACCUAUGAAACCAUCAACAUGUCCGAUCCUACUAUGCCAGACACCAGUGAACAGACAGAUGAUGUGACCUAUUCUGAGGUGACUGCUUCUAGUAAAAACCCAGUGCAAGUGCGCUACAAUGAUUCUGAUCAUACGGUGACGUACGCUGCCAUCGAAAGAAGAGAACAUUAACCUCAAGAUGGACCUUACGCCACCACCUCCACCACUCACAAAUAAGAUUUUGAGAUUCAUUGUACAGCUGUGCUCAUAGGUUUACAUAACCCUUGCGAAAUAUGCAAAACGUUAAUAAUUUUAACAAAAUAAGAGGGAUCAGGACAGUUGCAUGUUGUUGUUUAUUUAAUACUAUUCUGAGUAAACUAUUUCACAUAAGAAAAAUAUUAAUAUAUUCUCCACAAGACAAAAUAAUAACUGAAUUGGUAAAAAAUUACCCCAUUCAUAAGUUUACAUACCCUUAAAUCUUAAUAUUGUGUUUUGUUUCCUGGAUGAUCCACAACUGUCUUUCUGUUAUAGGAUAGUUGUCCAUCGGUGCCUUGUUGGUCCUGCUGUUCUUUAGAAAAAACCUAAAGCUCCUGCGCAUUAUGCAAGGGUGCAUAUCUGAACCCUUUCCAACACUGACUGUAUGAUUAUAAGAUCAAUCUUUUCACACUGGGGACAAUUCAGGGACUAUUAUGUAAGGUGAAAACAUUCACUGAUGCUCAAGAAGGCAACACUAUGCAUAAAGAGCUAUGGGGUGAAAACUUUUGGAUGUUCAAUGGAUGAUAAAUUGUACUUAUUUAGUCUUCUGGAAAACAUUUAAGUAUGUAUGUAGCUUCUUAAGUGCUGUACCAAAUAAAAAAAUGUGACCUUUAAACUAAAUGAAAAAAUCAUCCUGUUCAAAACUUUUCACCCCUAGCUCUUAAUGCAUUGUGCAUAAUUGCAUGAAGAGUUUUCAGAACUUUGUCAAAUCAUGUGACUGUUCUGUGUGAGAACCAGUGUGCGGCUCUGCCUUACUUUGGCCACACUGCUUCAACCGACAAACAUAGAAGUGAUGAUCUGUGAACUCAGUUUAGACCAAAUAGCAAGCUUUUAGCAAGCUAAUCUGCUCUCAAUGGCUCAGCUGUAAAAGUUGGUGAGGAUCUGGACACUUGAGCUAGACUUAGAGUCUACAUGUGAAUUGUUAUCACUGGAUGUCUUUCAUUUCCUAAUAAAUUCAGCACGCUCUGUAAUGAAAUGCUGCUUAAAGUCGCAAUGCCUUCUGCAGCGUUUGUUAGGUAAAGUUCAUUUUUUUGGAUAAAUUAAUGUUAGUUAAUAUAUAAUGACAAAGAAAUGAACAAUGAUCAACAUUAAAGUACUCAAAAUCAACCUAUAUAAAUAUCUUAAAUAUCUGUUUUUUUGUUGUUGCCAAAUGCGAUUUUGAUAUUCUGAAAUGUCAUAUAUCUGAAUUAUAAUAAAUUCUCUGUAGCUGAUACAGAGAAAACAUCA